ACCCCGAAAAUGUCAUCCUAUCCAUUCUUUCCAAAUGGCAAUUCGGUCAUUCAAUAAUCAAAUGAAAACGAAAACCAGCAUGAUUUUGAGAGAGAGAGAGGUGAGUGAAGAGAGAAAAUAAAGAUCUGCUAGUGAGAGACAGAAAGAAACCGUUAAUUUCAGUUAGGGAGAAACAGUGACAGUUAGCAACUGAGGAAAUAAUACUACUCAUGAGCGAGAGAGGGACAACAAUGGCGGUUUCCGAUGAGGACAUAGCUCGAGCAUUGGAGUCUCUCUUCUGUGAACCAAACCCUAACCCUAACCCAACAUUCACCGGCAUUCUUCAGCAGCUUCAGUCCAAGCUUGGCGGAUAUGACCUCUCUCACAAGGUUGAUUUCAUUCGUGCUCACAUCCAAGACCUCUUCAACCGCCACCACGCUCAGCCUCAGCCUCAGCCUCAGCCUCAGCCUCCUCUCCUCCGUCAAAAUCACCACUUUGCCCUCCAUACCCACCGCCCCAAUAUCCAACCCUACCCUCCUGAUUCUGGUGGGUCCCAUCAUCCCUACGGUUACUCCUUCAGUCCACCUCCACCUCCACCCCAUCACCACCUGCCACAAUCGGUUUCCAAGCCUGAGCCUUUUCCCACCACACAUGCCGCGGCGGCUCCUGCAGUGUCAGCUGCUUCUGAACCUCCAAAAGAGAGUGGUCAAAGUGGAAAGAAAAGAAGAGGUGGCCCUGGUGGAUUAAACAAACUCUGUGGUGUCUCUCCUGAACUGCAAACCAUUGUUGGCCAGGCAACCUUGCCAGGAACUGAGAUAGUCAAGCAGCUGUGGGCAUACAUAAGGAAACAUAAUCUUCAAGAUCCAAAUAACAAAAGGAAGAUUAUCUGCAACGAUGAGCUGCGUUUGGUAUUUGAGACAGAUUGUACCGAUAUGUUCAAGAUGAAUAGACUGCUAGCUAAACAUAUAGUCACUCUCGAACCUUCAAAGCAGACUGCUCAGAACCCUAAAAGAGCAAAAACUGAUGAGGAAUCUGGUAGUAAAUGCGAGGAAGCUGUUCCAGUUGUGAUAAUAUCAGAAGCACUUGCAAACUUUUUGGGUAUUUCAGAAAGGGAGAUGUCACAAGCAGAGGUUCUGAGGCAGGUCUGGGAGUAUAUAAAGGUGAACCAGCUUGAGGACCCUUUGAAUUCGAUGGUCAUACGGUGUGACGCAAAAUUGCAAGAGCUUCUAGGAUGUGAAAGUAUUUCUGUACUUGGUAUACCGGAGAUGUUGGCAAGACAUCACCUUUUUAAGAUAUCUUGACCACUGAUCUGACUGGUUAACACGGCGUAAAGGUGCUGAUGCUAACUUGUUUUGUCUUAACAUGAUUUAGCCCAAUUCCUGGAGGAAAGUUCAGCUGCGUUCUGCUUCACUUGUUUUCGUCUUGGAAGCUUUGCUCAAGAAGGUAAGUUAUUGGUAGAAUUUGUUCUAUGGGUUGUUUGCAAAGUUCUAAUUUGUAGCUUAAUAUGCCUUUUGAGAUAGGGUUGGUGUUCAUAGGCAGUACUAACUCAAGUAAAGAAGCAGACCAUAGAAUGAAUGAGAAAUGUAAAUAUGAUUAUCAACCUGCCAUACUAUGUUUUGUUGGGUUGUAUUAUGUUCUAUAUAUAUAAAAGCCUCAGGUUAUGCUUGCAUAUGAUGUAUCUUAAGAUUUGAGUUCAUCAAACGAGGUGAAGCUCAUGAAGCUUGUUAGUGUUGCCCAUUUAUGGUUUUUGUGUAUGCUUCCAAAACCUUUCUGUGGUAGAAAGUACCCUAGUGGUUUUAAAAGACUAAAUAGUAUUUUGGUAUCUCGUUUAUGGGCUAGUCGAUUUUUAUCCAACAUUUUUGAAAUAGGUUACUUAUUAUUAUCUUUUGUAAAAGGUGGCGAAAUAACCUUAUUUUAACAUUGUUAGUUUUCAAAUGAAGAAAAGUCAUAUAUCUUGUAGAGCCAUUUCUUAAUCUUUCUGAGGAUUGAAACCUGUUUUCAGUUAUAAAUCAUUAUUAAGCAGGGUAAACCUAUCAAUUGCCUCUGAAAUUUAACUAUAAACUCUAGUAGAUACUCAAAUUUAGACGGUCUUAAUCCUAUAAUAAUAAAUGAUUGUCCUUUAACUUGACAAUAUUCACUACAGUACUCUUAAUAUUAGUGACAGAUAGCUCCCAGCACCAUUUAUACCUACUAUCUUCUUUUUUUUCUUCCUUCUGUAUGAGGUUUAAGAGGAGGUUUUCACUGAAAAUGAUCCACUCUUCCUCCUAAUCACUGUUAGAGGUGGAUCUAGGAUUUUUAUAACAUGGGUGCACCACUAAAGAAAGUAUUAAGUGGGAAUUGAUCUCUGCUCUUCUAGGUAAAAAACUGAGCACUCAACCAAGUGCACCAUUUAGCUUCUUUAGAGCAUGAGUGCCAACAGAUAAUAUUAGAUCAAUUCUAGCAAAUAUAUACAUAAAAUAUCUAGUUUGGUGAAGAGACCAUGGGUUCGUGUGCCCCAUAAGAUAGGUUAUAAACCCACCCCUGAUCACUGUCCAUAUAUUUUUCCAGAGUGGUAUGCACAUGGAUCAAUGUCAAAAUUAUUCUCAAAGUUUGAUGAAAACACUGACAUUGGUUUAUUAAAUUGUCAAUGUUCUGUUUUCUGUGGAAAAGG